AUGGCACCAAAGUCAAUUGCAACACUCACCAAAUUGCCUUUCCUCUUCCUUCUAGUCAUAUUUGCAUCCUCACAAGCCUAUGAAUACCAAUUCAUAGAAACCAACAUGACACUCAACUUCCAAGAGUACUACGCCGGCCCGAAUGCCACGGUGAACACACUCACUGGAUUCCCAGGCAACGAUUGGGCAUUCGACAGUUUUGGAACCACUUAUGUCGUCGAUGAUCCGAUAACACAAAGCCUUGACAAGAAUUCAUCCGAAAUUGCACGUGGCCAGGGCAUCUACAUGACGUCCUCACUAGAUGGGGCUAAUAUGCAGGUGUUGAUUUCCAUUGUUUUUACUAGCAAUGAAUACAAUGGUAGCACCCUGGAGAUUCAAGGCCGCAGUUUACAAGCUGCUAAUGUCAGAGAAGUCUCCGUGGUGGGCGGCACCGGGAUAUUCAAGUUUGCCAGGGGAAUUGCAAAAUUUGAGACCCUUAACGUGGACACAUCGACUUUCUACGCGCUCGUACAAUGUGACCUUACCGUGCUACAUUAUUGA